AUGGCGCUCCGCGAAUACAAGUCCAUCGUCAACUAUGAGACGCACCAGAGUGCGUUUGAGGUCUUCCUCCAGGAUUUCAAGACCUCUCCCGAGCACACCAUUACCACUGCCAUGGGAAAUGUCACCAUCGAUGAGGAUGACUUGAGCGACGAGUACGACUUUAUGGAUGAGGACGAUGAAACAGGCGAGCGCCGCCGCCGCGACAAGGAGCAACAGCGCGCCCCCCACCACAAAUACAAGGAGAUAAUGCAGAAGCUGGCCGAUCGUACGCAAGAAGAGAUUGUCAUCGAUCUGGAUGAUCUCGGUACUUGGGAAAACGAGACUGGCGAGGGGCUCAAGCUCGUCGACUCCAUCGAGCUCAACACAAAGCACUACGUCGACAUCAUGGCCCAAGCUGUGGACAAGGUCAUGCCGCCGCCCAGUGUAGAUGUCAACUUCAAGGACGACGUGCUUGACGUGCUGAUGGCGCGCCGGCAGGCGCGAAACCGGGAGCUUGAGGAAGCCGCUGAGCGCGACCCUACACUCGAAGAGGACAAGUUCCCUGCCGAGCUCACUCGCCGCUACACACUGGUCUUCAAGCCCCGCAUAAAUGCACCCGACUUUGCCUCCAAGGCUCUCGCAGUGCGCCACGUACGUGGUGAUAAUCUGGGCCACCUCAUCACCGUCCGCGCCAUUGUCACUCGCGUCUCCGAUGUCAAGCCCAUCGUGCAAGUCAGCGCGUACACCUGCGACCGAUGUGGUUGCGAAAUCUUCCAGCCCGUCACGGACAAGCAGUACGGCCCUCUGAUGAUGUGCCCGUCAAAUGACUGCAAGAACAACCAGUCCAAGGGACAACUCAACCCCUCGACGCGUGCCUCCAAAUUUCUCCCCUUCCAGGAGGUCAAAGUGCAGGAAAUGGCCGAACAGGUUCCCAUUGGCCAGAUUCCUCGAUCUCUCACAAUUCACUGCUUCGGCAGUCUCGUGCGUCGCGUCAACCCCGGCGACGUUGUCGAUAUUUCCGGCAUUUUCCUGCCGACGCCCUACACCGGCUUCAAGGCCAUGAAGGCCGGUCUUUUGACUGAUACCUAUCUCGAGGCCCACUACAUCCGCCAGCACAAGAAGGCCUACAGCGAGAUGAUUGUUGACCCUUCAUUGGUGCGACGCAUUGAAAAGUACCGACAGACAGGCCAGGUCUACGAACUGCUUGCCAAGUCCAUUGCGCCCGAGAUCUUCGGCCAUCUCGAUGUCAAGAAGGCGCUCCUUCUCCUUCUCAUCGGUGGUGUCGGCAAAGAAAUGGGCGACGGUAUGAAGAUCAGAGGAGACCUCAACAUCUGCAUGAUGGGUGAUCCUGGUGUGGCGAAGUCUCAGCUUCUCAAGUACAUCUCCAAGGUUGCUCCCCGUGGUGUCUACACAUCUGGCCGCGGUAGCAGUGGUGUCGGUCUUACGGCCGCCGUUAUGAGAGAUCCUGUCACUGAUGAGAUGGUGCUCGAAGGUGGCGCCCUUGUUCUCGCUGACAACGGUAUCUGCUGUAUUGAUGAAUUCGACAAGAUGGACGAAAACGAUCGCACCGCCAUCCACGAAGUCAUGGAACAGCAGACAAUUUCCAUCUCCAAGGCCGGAAUCUCGACCACGCUCAACGCCCGCACUUCCAUCCUCGCCGCAGCUAACCCCAUCUACGGUCGCUACAACCCGCGCAUCUCCCCUGUUGAGAACAUUAACCUCCCCGCGGCGCUCCUCUCGCGUUUCGACAUCAUCUUCCUACUCCUCGACGUUCCCUCCCGCGAGACGGACGAGCAGCUCGCCAAGCACGUUGCCUUUGUGCACAUGAACAACCGCCACCCCGACGUCGGCACCGACAACGUCGUCUUCACCCCGCACGAGGUCCGCUCGUACGUGGCCCAGGCCCGCACAUACAGACCGACCGUGCCCGAGUCUGUUACCGAGUACAUGAUCCGCACGUACGUCCGCAUGCGCGAUCAGCAGCAGCGCGCCGAGAAGAAGGGCAAGCAGUUUACCCACACCACCCCUCGUACGCUGCUCGGCGUCGUGCGUCUCGCGCAGGCCCUCGCCCGUCUGCGCUUCAGCAACGAGGUCACCCAGGACGAUGUCGAUGAGGCGCUGCGCCUGGUCGAGGCGUCCAAGGACAGCCUCAACGUCGAGCUUGGCUCUGGCCGCCGCGGCCUCAACGCCAGCAGCCGAAUCUACAACCUCGUCAAGGCGCUCGCGGACUCGGGCGCCUGCCGCGCCGACGAUGCCGAGGACGAUGAGCUGGGCAUCGAGCUGAGCAUGAGAAAGGUCAAGGAGCGCGUGAUUGCCAAGGGAUUCACCGAGGACCAAUGGAUGAAUGCCCUGGAGGAGUACACGACUCUAGACGUUUGGCAAACAACUGGUAGCGGUACGAGACUCGUCUUUGUCACUGCCAUCGGUGAUGACGGCAACGAUGACAUGGAUGAUAUAUAG